AUGGCAGAGACCCAGGACAUCGACAUAGGACAGCUGUCCGCAAGCGAGCAAGAAGCUUUGCAGCAGUACACCCAGGUUACGAAUCAGGAAUUGAAGGAUGCGAUACCGCUACUGCGAAGAUCACAAUGGAACGUUCAGAUUGCCAUCGCCAAAUUCUUUGACGGCGAGGGGCCUGACCCCGUCGCAGAAGCCAUGGCACAAGAAAUUCCCAGAACAGCCGCACGACACGAAAACCUCCAAGAGAGUCUAAUGGCCUCCUCAGGUCGCCCGCAGCCGCCCCGAAGAGAUCGACCCGACCCCGCCCCGCGAAUCGUCCCCCAGCCGAACAACUACCACAGGCCACCAUUUCUCGUCGGACUGUUGCUGGCCCCAUUCUCUAUCGGCUACACCAUAGCUUCCAAGCUGUUCCGCACCGUCUUCUACUUGCUCAACUUUCUGCCUGCGCAGCUAAGGCCACGAGCGAUUGCGGCUGGGUCGGGUGCCGGCCUGAGAAGUACAAAUGGGCGUCGCAUGCUGAUGCCGCGGGACACCGCUGCCCGAUUCAAGCGGGAGUUCGAGGAGGAGUAUGGCAACACCGAGCUUCCGUGGUUUGAAGGCGGAGUCGCCCAGGCGCAGGACCUGGCCAAGAAAGAACUCAAGUUCCUACUGGUCGUCCUCAUGUCACCCGAACAUGACGACACCGAGUCUUUCACCCGCGAAACUCUGCUCGCUCCCGACGUCGUCAGUUUCAUAAAUGACCCGGCCAACAAUAUCAUCCUUUGGGGCGGUAACAUCCUGGAUUCGGAGGCCUAUCAAGUCGCGCAGGAGUACAAUUGCACGAAAUACCCCUUCUCGGCUAUUGUCUGCUUAACCCCUAAGGAAGGUAGUACCAGAAUGAGCAUCAUCAAGCGUCUGGCCGGACCCAUGCCCGCAUCGACGUAUCUCUCAGAAGCACAAGCUGCGAUCAAUAAAUAUGCGCCGGACUUGGCUGGUGUCCGGGCCGAGAGAACAGCACAGGAGGUGGCACGGAGCUUGAGAAAUGAGCAGGACUCUGCCUACGAGCGCUCACUGGCAAAGGACAGAGAGAGGGCACGACAGCGACGCGACGCAGAAAAGGCUGCUGCAGAGGCCGCCCGAAAGGCGGAAGAGGAGGCAGAGGCUGCGGCGCAUUUGGCAGAGCAACGGGAUCAGUGGAAACGUUGGCGGGCAACGACGAUCGAGGACGAACCUCCCGCCAGCAGCAAAGAGAUUGUCCGCGUUGCAUUGAAAAUGCCCGAGUCGUCCGGAGCGGGCAGAAUUGUGCGCCGGUUUCGCAGCGACACUACCAUGGAAGCACUGUACGCUUUCGUGGAAUGCUACGACUUCGUGGGGGCGUCGGAGAAACCUACGGCGCAGCCUGAGGGUUACGAGCAUGAGUAUCAGUUCCGAAUUUCAUCAGUCAUGCCCCGGGUAGUGUACGAGCCCAGCAAAGAGGAGACAAUGGGUCAUAAGAUCGGGCGGUCAGGAAACUUGAUUGUUGAGGAAGUAUCAGCAGACGGGGACUCUGAUGAGGGCGAGGAUUACUCGUCUUGA